AUAAAUUAAUAUUUAAUAAACAUUUCCAAGUCAUUUUUUAAUUACAAAAGAUGAUUAAAAUUGUUAAAUGUGGUGGUGUUUUCGUAUCUUCGUAUCAUAAUGCACAAUUAAUAAGAUCAUUUAGUCAAAAGUUAGCAAAAACUGAAUAUUCAAGAAGAAUAUUUUCUGGGAUUCAACCUACCGGCAAUGUUCAUUUAGGAAAUUAUUUAGGUGCGAUACAACAAUGGGUUAAGUUACAAAAUUCUGAAAACAUGGUUAUAUGGAGUAUCGCAGAUAUGCAUUCUAUUACAUUACCUCAUAAUCCUACAGUAUUAAGAAAUAAUAUUUUAAAAAUGACAGCUACGCUAUUGGCAUGUGGAAUAGAUCCACAGAAGAGUAUAUUAUUUCAACAAUCUAGUGUUCCAAUGCAUGCAGAGUUGUGUUGGAUACUUGGCUGUAUUACCACCAUGGCUAGGCUUGGACAUUUGCCACAGUUCAAAGAAAAAAGUGAUAGUUUGAAAAAUAUUCCUUUAGGAAUAUAUAUCUAUCCUGUUUUACAAGCUGCUGAUAUUUUACUUUACAGAGCUACAAAUGUACCGGUUGGAUUGGAUCAAGCACAGCAUAUACAAUUAUCACAGGAUUUAGCGUAUUCUUUUAAUAAAAAGUAUGGAGACACUUUUCCAAUACCACGGACUCUUAUAUGUAAUGAUGCAAGUUGCAGAAUAAAAUCACUACGAGAUCCUACAAAGAAAAUGUCCAAAUCGGAUAAAGAUGUCAAAAGUAGAUUAGAUUUGACAGAUAAACCAGAAGUGAUGUUAGAAAGAAUUAAAAAGUCUUUAACUGACUUUACAUCUGAAGUAACUUAUGAACCUGAAACACGACCAGGUGUUUCUAAUUUAAUUUCUAUUCAUUCUUUACUUACUGGAAAGUCACCUGAAGAGAUCUGUAAAGAUGUGGAAGGUUUAAAUACUGCAAAAUAUAAAUUGCUAUUAGCAGAUGUAAUAAUAGAAAAGUUAAAACCAAUUCAGGAAGAGAUAUUUAGAUUAUUAAAUGAACAAUUAUACUUGGAAGAAGUUUUAAAAACAGGUUCAGAAAAAGCAACAGAAAUUGCAUUUGAUUGUUAUUCUGACGUAAAGGAUAAAAUAGGUUUUAAAAGAAAUGUAACAACAACGACUAACGAAAUGGCAAAAUACACAAGUGUACGUUGAUUGUAUAUAUUUAAAGAUAAGAUGAUGAUAAUAAAUAACAUACGGUCCUUCAGAAAUGAUUUGUGCAUCAGCAUCAUGUUGUUUAUAAUCUAUUAUAACAUCGGCUCCUAAUUUCUCAAGCAUAUUUACAGCAUCGCUGCUACAAGUGGUUAUUACCUAA